AUGGGUGUCAUUUGGGAAAAAAUGAACACUGAUCCGUUAUCAUUCGAAGUAUCAUCUUCAAGACGACAUCGACAUACAAACACAGCAGUCGAAAGAUUGAAUCGUAAUAAUAUGGAUCAGCCACUCGAUUUGAGUAGACCGAAUUAUCCGCUGAAUACGAAGAAAAUGUUUACCAUUGAUUAUUUAACAUCCAAUCUUCCCAAUCGACUUCCAUCAACAUCAGUUGUGAAAAAAGACGCAUUCUAUCCAUACAUACCGCCACUGCAUCCCGUCGAAAAUCAUUUGAGUCAAAAUACUGUCAAGGUCACUCCUGAACGAAUUCAUUUCAAUUCGAGACUAAGUGAACAUGUAGUUCCAAAUGUGUGUAGUCCACCAUUGACGAGUUCGAACUUGGAAACGGUUAAUGGUGGCCAUGGAAUAAAAAAUCCUCUGUUUGAUUGUGCAACCGAAGCAUUACAAAUUAAAUAUGCUAAUGCUAUAAAUCAUGGCGAAGAAUUCGUCUGCGGUUUGUGUACAAAAACAUUUAAACUACAACGACUCUUGAAUCGUCAUUUAAAAAAUCAUAGUCAAUUAAAACGAUACUUAUGUACAUUUUGCUGCAAAGGAUUCAAUGAUACAUUCGAUCUGAAACGACAUACUAGAACACACACAGGUGUUCGUCCAUUCAAAUGUGAUCAAUGUGAUAAAGCGUUUACUCAACGUUGCAGUUUGGAAUCUCACCAACGUAAAGUUCACGGAUUAAGCCAUAAAUUCGGUUAUAAAAUCCGUCGCAAUAAACUCUACGUUUGUGAAGACUGUGGACAUACAUCCCAUGACCCAACAAAUCAUUAUGAACAUAUCAAAACCAUACAUCCCUAUUCUCCAUUAUUAUAUCGAUACUACGAUAAACGACAAUUCAAAUUCGAUUCUAAUUCAUCGUCUUCGUCAUCGAAUAAUAAUACUCUAUCAGAAAGAUCAUCGUUGAAGACUGAUAUGGAAUCAGAUUAG